AGCGAGAUUUGAUCCCAAGUAUCUACUCCGACGAAUCAGAAAACCUACCAACUGAGCCACCAUCGGUUGGCACGUAUUCAUCUUUUUCCUGUUAUCUGUUAUGUAAGCAAGCCCAAAUAAAUGGAGAUCAUCGCAAAAAAUAAAAAAUCUUUCGGUCCACUAAACGAACGGAUACCAUACCAACGUCUGUCAGACCAAGGGAAACUGAAACUGAGCUAGGGGCCGUCUGAUAAUACCUGGAAUGGCUGAACUGAAUGACUACUUAUUGCUUAAGCGGUUAAGCCCCAGGGCUUUUGAUUACAGAUGAAAUAAUAAGAUCAAUUGCCAGUACCUGUGUCCCUGUCUCUCAGUCUCAGUUUCGUCGCAAGACAAAAAAGGUGUGACUCUUCAGCUUUAUUCUGUGUAGAGCUUACAAUUCUCGUUGAAUCGGAGAGCUUGGAGAUGCAGAGGUUAUGUGCAGUAAGGUCUCUUUCUGGUCUUCUCCGAAAGCGGAGACAACACGCUUGUUUUUCUACUUCUCUACUUUUCGACGAUACCCAAUUGCAGUUUAAAGAAAGUGUAGCACAAUUUGCACAGGAGAAUAUUGCUCCACAUGCAUCAAAAGUGGACAGGACAAACCACUUUCCAGAGGAGGUUAACUUGUGGAAACUUAUGGGUGAUUUUAAUCUCCAUGGAAUUACUGCACCAGAGGAGUAUGGGGGACUUGGUCUUGGUUAUCUAUACCAUUGUAUAGCAAUGGAAGAAGUUAGUCGUGCUUCUGGAUCUGUUGGCCUUUCUUAUGGUGCCCACUCAAACCUUUGCAUCAAUCAGCUGGUCAGGAAUGCAAGCCCUGCUCAGAAGCAGAAGUAUCUACCUAAGCUUAUUAGCGGGGAACAUGUAGGAGCUUUGGCAAUGAGUGAACCCAAUGCUGGUUCUGAUGUUGUUAGCAUGAAAUGCAAGGCUGAUCGGGUUGAUGGUGGUUAUAUUUUAAAUGGUAACAAGAUGUGGUGUACCAAUGGUCCAAUUGCUCAAACUUUGGUUGUUUAUGCAAAAACAGACAUUACAGCUGGUUCAAAAGGAAUCACAGCAUUUAUUAUCGAGAAGGGAAUGCCAGGCUUCAGUACUGCCCAGAAAUUAGACAAACUUGGGAUGCGAGGAAGUGAUACAUGCGAGCUCGUUUUUGAGAAUUGUUUUGUUCCUGAAGAAAAUGUUCUUGGGCAGGAAGGGAAAGGGGUCUAUGUCAUGAUGUCGGGGCUAGAUUUGGAGAGGCUUGUUUUGGCAGGUGGACCUGUCGGUCUUAUGCAGGCAUGCCUUGAUGUUGUUCUUCCAUAUGUUCGCCAGCGUGAGCAAUUUGGCCAUCCAAUUGGGGAGUUUCAGUUAAUACAGGGUAAAAUUGCUGACAUGUAUACUUCGUUACAAUCUUCAAGAUCUUUCGUAUAUUCUGUAGCAAGGGACUGUGACAAUGGGAAAAUCGACAGAAAGGAUUGUGCAGGAGUUAUACUCUUUGCUGCUGAAACAGCCACACAAGUUGCUUUACAGGCUAUCCAGUGUCUAGGUGGAAAUGGAUAUGUGAACGAGUACCCAACCGGUCGUCUUCUACGAGAUGCUAAACUAUUUGAGAUUGGAGCAGGGACUAGUGAGAUCAGAAGAAUGAUUAUCGGUCGUGAGCUCUUCAAAGAUGAUUGAAGUGGCACGCUUUCACUAAGAUUUGCUCAGUGGGUUAGCCAGCUCCUUCUAAUGUCUUGGCUCAACAUCAUUGCUCGACAACUUCCCAAUUGUUCCUCGCUGUAUUCUGACCAGAUUCUUCCCACAAAAAAUUAUAAAUAAAAAUAGGGCAAAAUUUCUGAUGCA